AUGUCGUACAAUCCUUAUGGAGCGUCACCUUAUGGUAGACCUCCAGGAUUUGGUGGAUUUCCAGGUCAAGGUGGUUCUGCGCCUGGCAUGGGACCCCCUCCAGGAAUGGGACCUCCACCAGGCAUGUCUGCGCCAGGUACUGCUCCUCCUCCCGGUUUACAGCAAGCCAAUAAUCCACAGACUUCGCGACCUAGUGGACUCCCAGCUAGUUUUCAAGGUCCACCCAAUAUGCCAAAUAUCAAUUUCAACGCGCCUGUCAUACGAUUAGGUACCGGUCCUGCGAAACCCAGUACUCCAGUUUCAGCUGGUGGCUCGAGAAUGGAUUCUACAGGAGGAAAAGCGGGACUUGGGUCGGAAACAGGCAUGAGUGCGCAGAGACAGGCGUUGAGGGAUAGCAUGAUGUCUUUGGUGCCGCCUACGAAGGAAGAAAUUGUGAGAACGAUAUUCGUGGGAGGUAUCACGGAAGGCGCUGGUGGAGAUGAUGGGAUUGAGCGGAUCCUUAGCUCGGCAGGUAGAUUACGCAGAUGGGAUAGAGCUAUUGACGCAACGGGGAAGGAAUGCACCUUUGGAUUCGCACAAUAUGAUGAUGCGGAGAGUUUGGCUACGGCGGUGGAAAUUUUGAAAGAUAUUGAAAUUCCGACGAAGAAGCAACCACCAUUCGAUGAGUUAAAAAAGGAAGAGGAGGGUGAGGGUGGUGAUAAGAAAGAAAUCGAGAAGAGCAACUUGUUGGUAUUUGUGGAUGAUAAUUCUUUGAAUUAUCUGGAGAAUUAUCAGGGUACAAAGGGCGAUGACGCUACAGGCGAGCAGACACGACUCGAUGCAGCGAAAAUGGGAUUAAAGGGGGUACUUUACGAACUAUUCCAUCCACCCAUGUUCGUCAAGGUUGAAGUCAGUCCAGAGGACAUUGCUAUGCAGGAUGGGGGUGACAACGUUGAAGUUAUUAAUAUUCCCUUGGCAGUAGACGAUGAGCUCGCGGAUAUCCCAGCCGAGAUGAGAGAAACUGUUGCACAAGAAAUUGCUGCCUUUAGGGAUCGAAGUAAUAGACGAGAUAUUGAACGACUCAAGCGCGAGGAGGAGAUGGAGGCAUUGGAAAGACAGAGAAACGGUGCACCUCGACCUUCACGACUUGCUUCACCUGGGCCUCAAAUCCCUAGUGGGCCUGCGGCUGGUACGAAUAAUAUUCCCCUUGGACCAAGAGGUGUACCUAAUGCACCUUCAGGUCCUAAAUUACAGGGCCAACAGAUUCCACGAGACUAUCAAGCUGGUGUCAAAUUCGUUAAUGGAAGCGGUAUGAAUGGUGGUGCAUCUGGUGGAGACGUUCAUUAUAAUCGCGACGACGAGGAUAGUGAUGCUAGUGACGAAGAGCUCGAAAGACGUCGAAAAUCAAAGAAAGAGGCAGAACUCGAGAAGCAAUACCUCGAUCAAGAACGACGAUGGCUUAAUCGUGAAAGAUCUCGCACCGCAGCUGUUGAACGAGAAAAGGAACGCGAAGAUGAGGAUGUUGCGAAUGCGGAUGUCUUGAAACAGAAAAUGGCUGCAAGACUCAAGGAAUGGGAUGAUGAUGCUGAGGCUGCUCGCAAAACUGAUCCAUAUUAUGUUGAUCGAAGUCUCUGGCUUCGCAAUCGUGCAGUCAUUCUUCAACGUGAGGCUGCUGCUGAUGAGCGAGAUAGAGUCACAGAACAACACGAGAGACGCCGCGAGACAACGGAUAGGGAGCAAGCUAGAGGAUUAGCAGAUUCAUUUCUGGACCGUCAAGCCGAGGAACUCGAAACCAGAUCUCCUCGCAUGGCUCAGCAGCCAUUCAAAUUGUCUCUUGGAGCUGCAGCUCAAAAGGCUCAAAAGGCAGCACCGCCUCGCCGCACUGUCGCUGAAGUCGAAGGUCUUCUUGAAGAUGAAGAAGAUGCCGAUACCACAUCAAAACGUACCCUUAUCCCAAUUAAAUUCGAUCCUGCAACAGCGGCCGCUGGUCUUUCUGACGAAGAGCGAGAUCAAGCGAUUCGACAACUCGCACAAGAGAUACCAACCGAGAAAGAGGGACUUUGGGCAUGGGAUGUCAAGUGGGAUUAUGUGGAUGAUGCAAUCAUCGUGGAGAAGUUAAGACCUUUUGUGGAAAAGAAGAUUGUGGAAUAUCUGGGCGUGCAGGAGCAGUUACUCGUGGAGGUGGUGGAGGAACAUGUUAGGACGAGGGGAAAGCCCCAGGAUUUGGUGGAGCAGCUAGAAGGGGCAUUGGAUGACGAAGCAGAAGUUCUAGUGAAGAAGUUGUGGAGGAUGGUCAUUUUCUUCUCGGAAAGCGAGAAGAGGGGUCUUUCUGCAUAA